UACGACAGAAGAGCGGAGGCCGUGUAUUCAAGCCGUUCAAUUGAUUGCGAAGGAAAUAUUUACUUAAGGAAAAGUUUUAUAAACACUGGUGACAAAAACUGCCUUGGAUUAACAAAGAGCAAGGAAUUUAGCCAGGGGAACUUGAAAUAGCCUCAGAAAAGGGAAUCUCGCCGCGAGCUUAUCCGCUCUAGUACAGAAAUAGCGGGGACACAUUUCUAAAGCGGAUUACCCAGCAGUUAACGAGGAAAUACGCUAAACAAGAGUACAUUAGCGAAGCGACAUCAGCAGGCAUCUGACGAAAGAUUUAUCUAUUAACUUAUGUACUUUUGUUAUUGACAUGUAGAAAUUACGGAAAUUAACAGAUUAAUUAAAGAUCAAAUCGUGUUAAUUUCAUGGGAUGUGACGGAUUUCAUUGAAAGGCAGUGUAUUCAGUUCCAUAUAAAUGUGACAAAGCAAAUAAUUAAUAGGAUUAAUAAUUUAGCGGGUAAGGACCUAUUGGAAAGAUCUGUGAAUUUAUUUCUUUGAAUGUGGUGGAUCUAAGAAAUAUGUCGGUGAACAACUGCAAUAUUCAAGCGCAACUGACCCCCUCCACCCGGCUGCCGAUAAUUAAGGAGGACCAGGAGAAAGUUCUUCAGGCCAACUUCCGCAGCAAUCGGAACCCCACAGACCUAGACCUUACACUCAUAGCGGCAGAAGCGGGGCUUUCCGAAGAAAACGUCAAGCUGUGGUAUCAGCACCGCCUGGCGUGUUGGCGACAGCAGCAGGGCCUUCCAGCCAAUUCUCGCUCCAUUAUGGAUUGAUGACGUCACACCACGCGGUGACCAAAGUAAAA